AUGUCGAGCUUACUGCUACUCCAUUUUCUCUUCUUUUGCUUCGGUGCAUGUCUUUACGAACCGCAGGGUAUCCAGGUUGACCUGAUAUUCCCUGAAGACAACGGGGUCUACAAGCCGGUUUAUCCUUUCCCGAUCAUAUACGCCGCUAAAAAUCUCAGUGCAAUUGCAGCGAGAGACAUCAACCUCUGGUGGAGUCUUAAGAUGGUGGAACCCGCGCCAUAUACAGGUCAUCCAGGGGUCGAGGCCUACGGUGGUGUUUACCAGGUAGCACCAUAUCCAGACGAAUUUCUGCUCCUCAACUCAAGCGACCAAAUUUUGAACUCGACCGUUGGCACCCUUGAACUCACCUACGGAAUUGGAGUUAAAUACGACUGCUACAACAACAUAACACGUCCUGACUAUGUUAGAGAAUAUGAUCACCUAGGAACUACACGGUUCAAGCUCCGCCUUGACGGGAAGGUACCUGAUAUCUUGGUAGCUGGCCCUUAUUCCAAACCGUUAGUCUCACUCGGCUAUGGGGGGGACUCAAUAAAUUCGACCGGUGGAGUCUGUCAUUCGUUUGCCUCCCCUCUACCAGUCCAGUCAAAUCUUUUCAAAAUCGACGCUGCACUUGCAAGUCGCGUUUCGAGUGUCAUGAUGGCUACCGUCUCUUGCACGGCCGGCUCAUGGCCUGACAAUCUCACUGAACUGCCAACAAAAUCUCCAUACAUAUGCCCUCGAAAGAGAACCGAGAUUGGUGUGUCAGUUGGUAGAGAGACGAUUGGCGCCAUGUGUGUCACAUUUUUGGCAGUCAUGGUUGGCUUUGUGCGGGUGUUGCUGUUUUAA